AUGAAGAGCCUGUUUUGGGACAAGCUGCCAGAGGCCCGGCUGGCUGCCAGCAAGUGGGUGCGGCUGUCCCCGGCGCUGUGGAUUGACUACGACGCCCUGGAGGAGGGCUUUGCACAGGUGCAGCGCGCCCCAAGGCAGCGCGUUACUGCCCCGCGCCAGAUCACGGUGCUGGACCUCAAGCGCUGCACCGCCAUCGGCAUACGCAUUGCGCGGCUCAAGGUGCCGUGGCAGUCCGCGGCCGACGCCGUCCUGACGCUGGACACAGGUGUGUUUGGCAGUGCGGAGGACGUGGCCACACUGCUGCAGUGCCUGCCGUCAGAGGACGAGAGGGCACAGCUGGAGGCUUACGUGGCGUCCGGCAAGCCGGCCGAGGCCCUGAGUGACGCAGAGCGCUUCGUGCUGGCGCUGAUGGCGGUGCCGCGCGCUGCCGCGCGGCUGCGGUCCCUGAGCCUGCGGUACGUCGUGGCGGAGAAGAGGGCCGAGGCGGGCGCCAUUUACACGGACCACGCCCGCGCAGCGCGCGAGCUGGCAGCCAGCCCGACCCUGGACGCGGCGCUGUCCGUGGCGCUGGCCGCCGGCAACUUCCUGAACCACGGGUCGCGCCUGGGCGCGGCCGCGGGGUUCCGCCUGCGGAGCCUGAACAAGCUGGCGGACAGCCGCAGCGCGGACGGCAGGUCGACGCUGCUGCAGGCCGUCGCGAGGGAGGUGGCCGGGCGCGCGCGGCGUGCGGACGGCGGCGGAGGUGCAGGCGGGCGCGCCAGCAGCGGGCCGGAGGGUGUGGGGGCACCGCAGCCUGUGCUGGUGGAUGAGGUGCCGCACGUUGUGAGCCCGCGGCUGCGGCUGAGCCUAGGGGAUGCCGACGACCUCCUGGCCCAGGUUGAGUCUGCCGCGCGCCAGGCCGAGGCGGAGCUGGAGCGCUCAGAGCCGGGUGUGGUGCUCAGGCUGGCCCUGGACCAGCCGCCAGCAACGUCACCAACUGGGCAUCAGCAGGCAGCCGAGCCGCGCGUGCGUGUGGUGCUGAUUGCAGACAACCUGCAGCACGUCGUGGCAGAGGUGCUGUCUGAGACGCUGGCUGCCGCUUCCGAGCUGUCCCAGCUGCGUGCCAGGGCUGCGCGGUCCUGGGAGGAGCUGCUGCACGCCUUUGGUGAGACGCGACAGAGCUGCCCCCACGACACCGAAUUCUGGGCAGACAUCCAGGUAUUCGUGGAGGGCUUCAGCAACGCGCAGCGCCAGCUGAUGCAGGACGAGCGCGACGCCGCAGAGAGGGACGACCGCCGCCGUCGUGCCGCACAGCAGCGCUCUGCCCUGGACGCGGCGGCGCUCGCGCGGCGCCGCGGUGGCGUUGGGGCAGGGGGCAGCUCGCCCCAGGCCCCCAGUGGCCAGGCCAAGCAAGCGCUGCCAUUCGGGCGGGGCUCGCCAGACGGCACUGCGGCACCGCCACCGUCCAGAGGCUCCACAUCUGCGCCCGGCGCAGCGUUGCCGCCGAGCGGUGCUGGCUCUUCGCUGCGCGCUGCAAGCGGCGUCCUGAGCGUAGUGGUCCCGCCAGGGCCGGCGUCAGCGCCUGGGUCCACGCCCACCUUGGCCUCGGCAACACCUGCCUUCUCAGCAUGCGCGGCCGCCACGCCCACGCCCCGCGCGGGCUUCGACAGCGGCCCUGUCGGCGGCGACGCGGGCGCAGCCGUUUCGGUGACUGCGGCUGUGGUGGCAGCCGACCCCUUGGACCCGCGCGGGUGGCGCACCUCACCCUCUCCCUCGCCGCGCUCCCCGCGGCAGUUCCAGCACAGCGUGGCGCCGGUUACGUCAUUCCCACUGGCGCUGGAGGAGGAUGCGUCCAAGGAGACCGCGGCGCACCCUGGCCACCGCGGCGGGACGGGGGAGGCUGCGGGGUUGAGCCAGCGGGAUGGUGGCGUCGUCGCCCCGGAUGCGGCUGCGCCGGCCGGGCCCUACGAUGUGGUGGUGGUGGGGGGCGGCAUCGCUGGCCUGACCGCUGCGCGCAACCUGCUGCGCGAGGGCCACAGCGUGGCGGUGCUGGAGGCGCGCGGCGGCCUCGGCGGGCGCUGCCUGCGCGAGCCCGUGACUUUUGCUGACGGCACGCCCGUGCCCUGCACGCUGAGCGAGGCGGAGGACCCCGUGGUUGGUGGCGUGUACUGGUACGACGUGGGCGGCCAGUGGGUGGGCCCCACCCAGAAGCGCUUCCUGGCCAUGGCCGAGGAGUAUGGCGUGAAGCUAUACGACGCCACCCAGUGGCAGGGCCGCACGCGGCUGUAUGUUGACGGCAAGCCGCUGCUGGUGAGUGCUGAGCUGAUGGUGGGGCUGCCCUUGGAGGAGGAGGAGCUGGCCCAGUUCACGCCGCAGCAGAGGGCCUCACUGGCGGAGUACGCGCGCCUGGUGGCACUGCUCAAGGAGGUGGUGGACACUGUGGACGUGGCUGAGCCCUGGAACACACCCAACGCGGCUGAGCUGGACGCCAUCACCUUCCAGUCGUGGUGCGCACACUAG